AUGAUUCCCUUGACGACCCUCGUCCACCUGGCCGUAGUGGUCAUGGCCAUGGCCGCAAGCCCCGACCGCGUCGCGGGCAUGGAGAAUCUCGUUGCUUUUGGGGACAGCUACACCGACGAGGGCCGGCUGGACUACUUCACCAGCCACGGCAAGGCGCCGCCCGUGGGCUCGCUGCUGCCUCCGAAAAGCAUCACCUUCAGCGGAGGCUACGCCUGGGGGCGAAUCGUCGCGAACCGCACCGGAGCAAGAUUCUACAACUACGCCGUCGGCGGGGCCAUGUGCUCCAACGACGUCGUUGGCCGGCAGCUGGACGCGCCACUGGUUCCCUUGCCGUCCGUCAUCGAGUACGAGAUGGCGACGUACGAGGCGGACCUUGCCCACGGCGCACUGUACCCGAAUCGUCGGCCGUUUAACACCGUCUAUGCUCUGUGGAUCGGCACAAACGACCUCGGCGUCGGUGGCUUCCUCGGAAACGCGCAACGGUCGAACAGGACCAUCCGUUCGUUCGUCGAGUGCGUCUGGAGCGCCUUGGACCGCAUCUACGAAACGGGCGGUCGACGGUUCGUCCUCAUGAACGAGCUUCCACUCGAGACGGCGCCCAUGUACGCAAACCCCGGCCUCUACGGCAAGGGCAACGACCGGUACUGGCGCGACCCCUCGACCUACGACACUGCCGACGGUCAGCGCGCGGUUCGCGAGUACACGACCAGCGUCAACACCAUGUUCGAAUACGGCCUGCCGUUCCACCAUCUCGUCAAGAAGCGGUGGCCUGCCGCGUCCGUCUCCCUCCUUGACCUGCAUUCUCUCUGGUCAGGCGUGCGAGCGGAUCCGAUGCGGCAUCUGGACGCGCCGGCAAACCUGACGGCUCCGUACCGGAUAUGCCUUUCCGGCUGUGUCAAGUCUGCCGAGCGCUUGUCCAGUUUCAUGUGGUACGACGAGCUGCAUCCCUCGGAGAGGAUGGAGGAGAUUAUCGGCAAGAGCUUCAUCGACGUUGUGAGAGGGGCAUCCAAGUACGGAACGACUUACGACAGGUACUGA